GCGGCGCGGCGAGAGGACGACCACUCCUGAUCACUUUUGCGGGCUUGAGAAAAAAAACGCAUCCUUUUUGCAGCCGUUCCACUCAUAUUUGGGCCGGGACCGCAACUUUACCACCGUUAAUUACAGGGACAAGUAGCGGGAGGAGUGUCGCUCGUCGUCCCGGGACCGGAGUAGUGAGGACGUCGUUCCACCGCGUCUGCCGGUGAAGUUCACCCUCGCCGCGGAGACGCGUCCGCGCACCGAUGGGACUCGACGCGGUGACAUUUGGAUGAGCUUAUUAUUUCCCACCACUUUUCACCGGUAUCACAGACCAUCAUGUUGCCCUGUCUGAUUUUGGUCAGCUUGUUUUUGAAGGCGAUCCGAUGCCAAGAUUCUCAUCCCUUACAGCCGUCGACCUCCAUUAGCGAGUCUUGUGACUCCUUGUGCUCCUGCGAGGCAAAGGACGGCAUCUUCUACAUCAACUGCGAGCAGAGAAACCUGAGCACCAUCUCCCAAAUUAAAGUCCCGUCAGAUGUGCCCUUCCACCUGAACCUUUACAAAAACGACUUGGUUGAGCUUCACACCGAGGAAAUGGAAGGGCUGAAAAAUGCCCUUUCGCUGCACAUCGGAGGGAAUAGCAUACAAGAAUUGGAACCAGGGGUUUUCAGUGCUCUUGGUUCUUUGAAAAAACUCCACAUCAACAGAAACUUCCUGGUCACACUCAGAGAGGACACUUUUCAAGGCCUGGUGAAUUUGGAGUUUCUCCAAGCUGACACAAACUUCAUUCAGGUCAUAGAGCCAGGGGCCUUUAACAAACUGAUCCGCCUCAAGGUCUUAAUCCUCAAUGACAAUUCCAUCGAGUUUUUACCAAACAACAUUUUCCGUUUUGUGCCUCUCACCCACCUGGACCUGCGUGGCAAUAAGCUCCAGACGCUGCCUUUUGUUGGGUUUUUAGAGCACAUCGGUCGGAUUAUGGAACUACUCUUGGAGGAUAAUCAAUGGUUGUGUGACUGUGAUAUUUUGCAUUUAAAAAUCUGGAUGGAGAACAUGCGGGGCCAGUCUGCAAUCGGGGAGGUGGUCUGCAGCACACCAAAGAAUCUCAAGGGCACCAUCUUAGCUAAAGUCAAGCGAGAAAUUCUCUGUCCGUCCCACGCAGAUAUCAAUUUAGAGGAACCCUCCAAGUCACUGGAUAUGGUUGUUACGCCCUCGUCCAAAGGGGCGCAGAAUCCCAAGUUGACUGAUGCCAGAGACGACGCCAAGGAGCCAACACCGUCUCACAUUCCCGGUAGUCCUUGUGUAGAGCAUUGUUCCUGUCACAAUCACCCUGUGGCUGGGUUUUUGAUGCAUUGUCAAGACAGAGGAAUUCAAAAGGUUUCAGAUAUCGGAAUACUUCAGCAAAGCCCUGCUAAAAUGGUCAUGACAGGAAAUAUGAUUCAGAAACUGUACAGGUAUGAUUUUGUUACCUAUGAUGGGCUGGAAUUGCUCAAUUUGGCAAAUAAUAGGAUCGAUUAUAUCGACAACGAGACUUUCCUCAGUUUGAGCAGUUUGAAGAAACUGCAUUUGAACGGCAACAGAAUUGAAAAACUUUACUCCACAAUGUUUGUGGGGCUCCACAACCUCGAAUACUUGUACCUGGAAUAUAACCUUAUCAAGGACAUCGCUCCAGGCACAUUUAAUCCCCUGCCAAACCUUAAUCUGUUAUCAUUAAACAACAACCUGCUCAGCUCGCUUCCUGCACAGAUAUUUCGCAAUGCACCCCUCACCAAAUUAAAUCUGAGGAAAAAUCUGUUCAUGCACCUGCCAGUGAGCAACGUGCUUGAUCAACUCGACUCAUUAGAGCAGAUUUAUUUCGAGGACAACCCUUGGGACUGCAGCUGUGACUUGUUCAGCCUCAAACAGUGGGUGGAAAAACUGAGAAAAGACACAGUGGUGGGCUCCAUUUUGUGCCACACCCCAAAGAAAGCGAUGCAGGCUGAUCUUAGGAGCUUACGUCACGAAGUGCUCUGCACCGGUUUGGGCACCCACUCUUUGGCUCCGGAUGGAGAAGAAAGCGUGACUGCCACGCUGGGCCCGGACGGUUCUGGCAGAGGCUUUCUGAACUCCCUCACAGACAGCGUCCCACUCUCCGUGCUCAUCCUAAGUCUUCUUGUUUUAGUCUUAAUGAUUAUCUUCUGCUCAGCGGGGCUGGUUGUUUUCGUGGUGCACCGGCGACGCCGCAGAGCAAAGAGAAAAGCAGCAGGCGAGCAUCCGAGAGAAAACAGCGGCAACAGUCCUAUUCACUUACAUUACAGCAUGUACGGGCAGAAAACAACACAUCACACUCUGACACAAAGACCCGGAGCUGGCACCCUGUACGAGGAGAGAUCGCACAGUCCCAUUGUGCAGAUCUGCCGGAACCCAACCUACUGCUCUCAGCAAAAGGAGCACGACGCAGAUCUGGAUUACGGCCUAGACCACCCCAGCUCUAAGAAUCAUGUCUGCCGAAGCAUCAUGGAGAAGGAGAACACCUCCCCUCUUACAGGCAACCCGGGCUCAAAGUUCAAAGCCAUGCCGGGAGAGUGCCCGUCCGAGUUUCUGACUCUUGGGGACCCGAAUUCCUUGUACAGGAAUAUUCUGGAGCGGGAGAACAAGCUGCAGCAACUUGGAAUUACGGAGUACCUUCGUAAAAACAUGGCCCAGCUACAGCCGGCUGUAGAAAUGCAAGUCCCCGGGCACCAGGAGGAGUUAAAGCUAAUGGAGACAAUUAUGUACUCCCGGCCGCGCAAGGUCAUGCUGGAGCAAACUAAGAAUGAGUACUUUGAACUGAAGGCCAAUUUACAUACUGAGCCGGACUACUUGGAGAUUGUGGAGCAUCAAGCUGCGUAUAACUGAACUUCGGCAGCAGAGAGAAAUCACACGGGACGUUUCGAAACAAGUGCCUUGUCCUCUUUGCCCUCUCGUAUUUUCCACAGUGUGAAAUAUCUGUAAUGGGCACGUCACUUUAAGUCCAAUUGUAGCACAGAAUGUAACGGUUAUUUUGUCAUCUGACAGCCAUGUUAUGUAGCCAGUGAAAGGUGUCAUUUUUGGCCAAAUGUGACUGUUUUUUGUUUUUUUUUAACCCAUGCGAAACCUGCGGCUGCCAAACAAAUUGAUUGGCAAAGACUCUGCCCCCGCCCAUCCCGUCAGGAUAAAGCAGAUGUUUGAAAAACAGUGAAUCUGAAUCACCACUUGACCUAGAAUUGCGUUUUUAAUCAGUCUAUCCUCACUCCGGGUUUGACCUGAUUACGCCCUCUGUCAGCAUAAGCCAGCUGGAUUGCUGGAACCCGAAUGCUCAUUGUGCCACGGGCCAGGUGGUAUAUGUUGGCUGCGGGGGGUGGGGCGGGGCUUGUGGGUCAGCAAAAAAUAUCCACUGUACAUCAGAAAAUCAGAAGCAUGGAUUUUGUACUUUCUCUUGUCAGAUAUUUCAAAUGCAAUCACAGAACGUUUAUUUAUUUUUAUACAAGCGUGUAACAGGUCACAGAGAGGAGUAUUUCUGUGUCUAGCAAACACUCAGAAGUACAGUACAUAACCAUUGUCUUGUAGAAUGCAUUGCACUAAUCAGAUGCCACAAUACGGUGCAUGACAAUCAACUUUUAACCUGCUGAAACAUGUUCUUUCUUCCCGGGCCCCCGUUUAUGUUUGAUCUGAACCGGACUUUGUUUGAAAUGUUCCCCGUUCAUGCAUGUUUCCCCCAUUUCAUGCUUCGUUCUAAAAGCAAAAGACUGUCGAUGACUACUAUCCCGACUUGGACAUUGUUCAGAAUUUAGAGUUUGCCCUAAACUCCCCCUUGUGCCCUUUAUAAAGUCCAUCCAAGCACACACUCCGUAGCUUUUUUACCUAACUAGAUUGAAUUAUUUAUUCUGUACAUCUUGUAAAUAGUCAUGUUGCAUUCUAUCUUUUGGUUUUGUGUGCCUUCAGUGCUGUACAGAACAUAUUCAGAAGUUGUAACUGAUAAACAGAA